ACAAUAUCUACUUAACCAUGGUUAAAUUCUAACCCAAGCUGAGUUUAUUUAAAGUGAGAGAAAGUGUGAAACCAAGCUUGUUCAUAUGGAAAACGAAGAAACCCAAUCUCUCUCUUCUCUCCUCUCUCUGUAAAUAGAAUCUCCCCAUUGUCUUAAAUUUCUGUGCAUUUCCUUCCUUCAAAAUCUGCUCUUUCGUUGAUUGGUUCGUUCAUAAGAGAACCAAAGAUCAUCCAACUACUAGAUGCAUUAAAUUGAGAAUUCAAAAAAAAAAUCGUAAUUUUCUGAAGUAACUAAAGAUUUUCGAAAGAGUCUCUUUUUUUAGUGUUGUUUGAUGAUGAAGAGAUUAAGCAGCUCAGAUUCAGUGGGUGGUCUCAUCUCUUUAUGUCCCACUACUUCUACAGAUGAGCAGAGUCCGAGGAGAUACGGGAGAGAAUUCCAGUCGAUGCUUGAAGGUUACGAGGAGGAAGAAGAAGCGAUAAUUGAGGAAAGAGGACAAACCGGUUUAUCUGAGAAGAAGAGACGGUUAAGCAUUAACCAAGUUAAAGCCUUGGAGAAGAAUUUCGAGUUGGAGAACAAGCUUGAGCCUGAGAGGAAAGUCAAGUUAGCUCAAGAACUUGGUCUUCAACCUCGUCAAGUAGCUGUUUGGUUUCAGAACCGCCGUGCGCGGUGGAAGACAAAGCAGCUCGAGAAAGACUACGGUGUUCUUAAAACCCAGUACGAUUCUCUCCGCCACAACUUCGAUUCGCUCCGCCGUGACAAUGAAUCCCUCCUCCAAGAGAUUAGUAAACUGAAAUCUAAGCUUAACGGAGGAGAAGGAGAAGAAGAGGAGGAAGAGAACAACGCGGCGACGAUGGAGAGUGAUAUUUCCGUCAAGGAGGAAGAAGUUUCGUUGCCGGAGAAGAUUACAGAACCGCCGUCAUCUCCUCCGCAGCUUCUAGAACAUUCGGAUAGUUUCAAUUACCGGAGUUUCACCGAUCUCCGAGAUCUUCUUCCGUAUAAGGCUGCCGCUUCAUCGUUCGCCGCCGCUGGAUCUUCGGACAGCAGCGAUUCGAGCGCUGUUUUAAACGAGGAAAGUAGCUCUAACGCUACGGUGGCUCCGGUGACGGUUCCCGGCGGUAAUUUCUUCCAGUUUGUGAAAAUGGAGCAGACGGAGGAUCACGACGACUUUCUGAGUGGAGAAGAAGCUUGCGGUUUCUUUUCCGACGAACAGCCACCGUCUCUACACUGGUACUCCACCGUUGAUCACUGGACUUGAAGCUGUAAACACCGGAAGAGAUUUUGGAUUUGGAUUAAAAGCUCUGUUUUUCUCUCUGUGGAACCGACGGAAAAGAAGGAAACAGUGGAAGGCAAAAUGGGAAUAACGGUAAAACUUGAAGGGUGAAUCAGAAAAUAAGGAGGGUUAAAUCUGAGCGGGAAAUAAUUAACUAGGGUGAAUUUUGUAAUUAUGCUUUCUCUGGCGUUUCGUGCACUUCUUGUAAUUAAGGAUCAUGAGAAUUGAGAAAGGGGUAAAAUGCAAAGAGGGAAAAUUCAACGUGGAAGAACCUUUUAAUUAAAAAAUACAUCUCUUAAAAUCUAAAUUUUACAAUUUUGUACCUAAAACAAAAAAACAAAAAAUCAUGAACCCCAAAAUUAGAAGUGUUGAUUUCGUUUUUGUAGUUUGUUUUCGAUUUGUU